UGGACUGCACAUUCCAGCAGGCAUUGCUCAGCUCUCCGAAGAGGGAGGCUCGCCAGGUGUGCUCCAGCACCACCUGAACCCUGAGCACGCCAGAGAGUUUCAAAGCCAGAGCAGGAAUAAGUGCUCCUUCAACAGUACUGAUGUCUUGAACAAAGACAUAAUUUGGAUCUAGGGAAAAGCUCUUAGUUUCCAGAAUGGAGGAAAAUUCUUCCAGUAGUGGAACAGAUUCCCUAAGCAGCGGAGAGAUUCCACGAAGCCGGUCAGAGGGGACUUUGAUUGAUGUGGAUGACCGGACACCUCCAGACAGCUACAAUGCCAAUGAAAGUAAACUGGAUUUGGAUAUUGACUGGCCUGGUGUAUUCAAGCAUGCCCAAUCUGUUUCCAAGACUAAUCCUUUCUGGAAUGAACUGUCAGGAUCCAACCCUUUUGUACAUGACAUAGCUGCUUCCAAUAGAAAUGAAAACAAUAAGCGUCUUUCAAUCUUAAAGGAAAAACCUCAUUGGUUCUCUAAAAUUUCAAGCAAUAGGGACUCUUUGGAUUCCUCUGGUGAUGAGCUAGAUAUUGACUGUCUCCUAAGAAAGACUUCAGCAAGAAGAUCUGGACGAUCCAAGAGUGUCUCUGACUUCCUGGAUAUAGUUGAUAACCAAAGAUUUAAUCCUCACAAGACAGUCCCUCAAAAAACUACAGCUUCUGAUAUGACAUGGCUUCAGAAUGACCGUGAAGCCUACAAGAUGGCUUGGCUGAGCCACCGACAGCUCACCAGGUCCUGCCUGGAUUUAGAAGCCAUGAGCCACAGCCUUGGGUGGGCACAAACACAAGCUACAGACAUUCAUGUAGUUUGUAAACUGAAUCACGAAGGGGGCUCAGUGCAGCUACCUGACUCAGAUAUCAACAUUCAUGUCCCUGUGGGUCAUGUAUUACCAGGAGAAUUCCAAGAAGUUGGUUUAAAGGCUAUCCUUAACCCUCCAUUGUCAUGCAACAAUGAGCUGUCCAGCACAGUAAGUCCUCUGAUAGAACUUACACUGAGCAACCUCAACACAAGCGAAGGCAUUUUCCUAGAAGUGAAAGUUGCAGCUAAAGUGAAGAGUGAUCCACUCAGCCAAGUUAUGUGUGAUAUUGUGUGUUUUUUUAGUCUCAACAAAGAAGGACCUUUUAAGAAGCUAGAGAACUGCUAUAUUUAUCAAGAUACCAUACAAGUGAAGCUAACAGACCUAAGUCAUGUGAUGUAUGCAGUGAUUGCCGUGCAAGCAAGCAAAAUCCAGCCUCCAGCAACUAAUGUGUGGGACUAUGUCCAUAGAACAGUCUCAGUUGGAAUUUAUGGUCCCAAAUACAUUCAUCCAUCUUUUACAGCAGUUUUUACAGUCUUUGGUCAUAACUACAUUCCAGGAAAACUCACGAUUUGCGAUAUAAAAAAAGGGGGGAAAAGUAUGCCUCCUGUGGUGUUUCAGCUGUGGGGAAAGCAUACAUUUCUGCUUGAAAAACCACAAGACCUAAACAUUUCUUUGAUAUCCUGUGAUCCUGACUUUCAAGUAAAAAUGGAAGAUCAAAGCAAAAAUAUUAAAAAGGAGGAGUUGAAAACUGGUGAGAUGGUCCGCCAACAAUUCCUGUUUUCCAUGCUUGGAUGCAGGGAGAUGCAUUUCUUUGUUUUCCUUGUUCAGAUUAAAAUCUUGAAAAGUAGUCAAAUAACACAGUUCCAUGUUACGACUCCUGAUCCAGCUCCAAAAUUAAGUGGAAUUAUUAAUCGGCCAAAGUGCCUACAAAACCACAAGGAAAUCAAGUCUGCACCAUGGCUUUUGAUACCAACAAUAAAAUAUCCAAAGUUUCAAGACAAAACUUUGAGUGUCAACACUUAUGGAGUGGCUUUAAAAACUGUGUUACGUCAGAAUAAGAUUGACUAUUUGCUGGAAUAUUUUAAAGGAGACACAAUAGCUCUGCUUGGUGAAGAUAAAGUUAAAGCCAUUGGACAAACUAAAAUGAAAGAGUGGUACGUGGGAGUUCUCAGAAGAAAAAUUGGUCUUGUACAUUGCAAAAACAUUAAAGUGAUUUCUAAAGAACAAGCUAUGGACACUGCUGAUAGUGAGCUAACAACCAGGAAUCUUGUUGAACAAAUUGCAUUGCCAUUCAAAAAACUGACUUAUAUCUACUCAGUAGUUCUGUCUACAGUGUCAGAGAGUGUUUAUGACUGGAGAGCUUUAGCUGAGGUGUUGGGAUACUCACAUAUGUCUUUGGAUGACUUUAAUGAGGCACAUAUUGAUAAAGAAUCCGAAAGAGUUGCACAUGUUGUGAAAAAGAUGAAGCAAGACUGCCAUGCUAACAAAAAAAAAAGACUAUUUCUUUAUGAACUCAUUGUUGCACUUUUGAAAAUAGAUUGCCAGGGACUAGUGGCACGUCUUACCCAGGACACCAUCAUCUUGACUUCAGCUGUCAAGCUUGGCAAAAGCUGGCGGGAGCUCGCGGAGAAGCUCGCCCGCCUCACAAAGCAGCAAAUAGAGGCUUACGAAGUGCCCCACCACGGGAAAAAUGGAGCAGUGGCUCUGGAGAUGAUGUGGAAACCUGCAUAUGACUUUCUCUACACUUGGGCUGCCCAUUAUGGAGAUGGUUACAGAGAUGUCUUACAAGACCUGCAAUCAGCCUUGGAUAAAAUGAAAAACCCAGUAACAAAACAGUGGAGAGAGUUAACUGGAGCUCUGAUUCUUGUAAAUUGCAUGGAGGUGUUGAGAGCAAGUGCCUUCUCCAAAAUGGAGGAAGAGUAAUGGACAUAGUACGUUUUUGGAAAAACUCUUAGGAAACUAUACCACUGUAUAGAGUUUAUUUGUGUAUUUAUGUUUCAGAGAUACUUGUAGAGAAUGACAGAAUGAAGUUUGUUUUAACUGAGCUGAUGUUGAGUCUAGCCUUAUGGUUCUCAACUAAAAGAAUGGGGAAUUAAACUAACGAGGUCAACAAAAUGACUUGUAUUCUAUGGGAUAUUUUCUAAAAGGAGCUAUUUCUGAUUGCACUGACUUCUAGGCAGAGAUCAGUUUUAAAAACAGAAUUAUUCAUGAAUGAGUUCAGCAUAUAGAGCCUAGGUUUACAUUCUUUCCAGUCAAGUAUUAAAAUCUAAAUAUUUAAUACAUUUAAUAUUUGGUGCUCAAACCCCUCAGCUCUAAUUCAGUGGGUGCAGAUUAGCUUACAAAAAAACCUUUAAGAUUUUUUCAUCCUCAUCUGGGACAAAACUAAUCUAAUUGUCUCACCACACAGGAAUUCAACAGUUCCUGGAAAAAUAGGUGUGUGCUGCACACACUCAAAAAAUAGGUGUGUGCUGCACUUUUCCAAAACAGCUUCUGGUAUCUAUUUUAAAGACUCAAGAGAGACAGAAGAUAAAAUCUCAAAACUGUUUGAUUUUGAUUUUUUUGUUGAUGUAGCUCAACAGGGUUUUGUCUCUUUUAAUAUUUUUGUUAGUUUAUAUUUCUGCCAUUUUUUUUCUACAUUCUGCUGAAUGGAAAUUCCAGAAAAUUCCAGAACCGUUUUUUAUGCCCACUGUCCAUCCCUCUGAUCAUUUGCAUAGUCCUUCCCUGUUGCUUUUAGGUAAGUACAUUAGGGAAGGAGACUUUGUAGGUACAAGGACUGGAAACAAUUCACACCUGUAUCUGUUGAUUGUUUUCUUCUACCUCACUGGAUGUGGAAGAUGACUAUUAUUUUCUCAAAAAAAGUUAACAGUGGAGUGCUUUUAAGAUUAAUUUAUUUGUGGAGCAAUUACUUAUAAUUAGUCAUAUGAUCUAAAAAGAACCCUGCUUAGAUGCUACCAGUAAAAAUCUUCCAAUAACUGAGUAGCUUAUUAUAAGUACAGAAAAUACAGGCCUAAUAAUAAUUACAGGCUGACAAAACUGUUUAAUAUAAUUUUUAAUGUAUUAAACAUAUUUUAAGUUAAGUGAUAGAUUUAAAGGUUAAAUCCAUUUUGAGCUCCUUUGAUCAGCGUUCAUUCAGAAACAUCAGCAAAUACUCAAGACAACUAGUUGAAAAGAGAAUUGGCAUUCUGCCAUCACUUGUGGUUGACAAGACAAAGCCAAAUUCUUUCAAGAAUAGCAAAAAACAGCACUUGAGUCCAGAAACUGCGCUUCCACUGUUGUCUUAGUUCAUUUCUACUAAGGGAGGUUUUGCCACUCUAAAAUAAAACUGCAUUUAGACAUUUUUCUUCCCCUCUCCUAUCCUCUAACCUUUUUCUUUUCUACUUUCAUCAAGCUUUACCAAUGUACCCCUAGCUCAGGAAGGAGGCUGAGGAAGGAGUACUUGCCUGGAUAAUAGGUAAAUUCAUUCACCAGAAGGUUCUCUAGCAUCAGGGCAUUUUCUGAAUUAGUAUGCAUACAAGUUAUCUGCCUUCAGAGGACUUGCCCUUGAUUUGCAGGACAAUGAGGAAUUCAGUCCACAGAGCACUAUCUGCUAUUGCUGAUCAAGGAAAGGUAGAGAAAAAGGAGCCAGAUUAUCAAAGCUCCCUGCUGUUUCAUUUGCCAGCACCGAUUUUGUAUCUUUCCCCACAGAGUUUUAAGAAGAGCUGCAGAGAAAAUAGAAAUUUCUCUUGUGAUCUGCGCUUCAGUGCAGAGACAGCUUGUCCUUCCUUCUGCAGGUAGUAAAGCCCCUGAAAGAUGAGAAAGUAGGUUGUCCUACUCUUUUGUGCUGCUAGGUAAGGAAAAGGUAUAAAAUAUAUUAAUAGAUGUCUUUAAAGGUAAAAGGACACAUGCAAAUAUUGGAAUAUAAAAUAUUAAGAACUAAUACAAACUCGAUGAGAUUUUUUUUUUUUUUAGGUUUCCUAGACUGAUUCUGUUUCUACCUUAGACCCUGCUCUGAGCAGACUGUGAAACCUGAACAGGAUUUUGUAGCAGUGCAAGAGGCUGCACACCAAAUCAACUUAAAACCUCAGGGAAAUAUACUUUUUUCCUCCCUCAGAGCUGAAAUACCAGAGGAGAUCACAAAGCAAAUCUUUCAGCUUUACUAGGUUGUCUUACUAUCUGCUUUUCAUGCAUCCAAGCAGGCCAUGCUCCCUUGCUUAAAGCCUUGUUAAGUAAAUUUUUAAAACCAUUUUCCUUUUACUUUUUCCCCUCUUUUGUUAACCUCGCUGCAACAGCUAAGCAACUCAGCUUGCAUCUGCUUCUGAGAGUGAGACUGUGCUCUCAUCCUUUUCUUCCACAUCUUAAUUUCUUAUCUUUAGUAAAUGCGUGUUUACUUUCUUUUUCAAAAGGACAUGUAGUAAUUUCUUUGUUCAGUCCUGUAUUUUUCUGUUAUGAAUACUAGUCAAAAGAGUGGGAAAAGCUACCAGAAGCACCAAUUCCUAAAGGCACAAGUCUGCCAAAUAUAAAUAUAAAGGACAAGUUGCCCAAAGAUUGAGGCUGAAGGAAAGCCCAUCCCAAGAAGGUAGCCAGUGGUCAUGGUCUCAGGAAGAGAAGAGCCCAGGGAUCAGAGGAUGUUGCCUGUAGCUCUCAUGGCCAAGCCCUUUCUUUGCACUGAAAGCUUUCUCUGUCCUGAACAAGAGUUGAAUUUGGCCCAGCAAAUUUAGCAAAUAUUGACUCAGUGAGUCAGUGUUCUCCUUAGCUUGCAGAAUUAUGCAACAUGUCCUCCAAGUAUAUUUCUUUAAAAGGAAAUUUAUAUCUGCCUGCAGUUGUGCUGUAUUCCAGGGCCUUUGACUGCUGGUUGCUAACUGCACUCCCCUUUUUGCUUUAAGCUUCUGCUCAUAUGAAUGAAAUGUGCACUCGUGCAAUAUACUGUUUACUUUAGCAGCCCACACUGGAUAUAUUUAAAAAAAAAGGUAUUAAAACCCCAUAUUUUAUUUAGUGGUCUAGUAUUCAGAACCACAAAAUGCCAGCUCAGAGUGAAAGCAGCUGCACUCAACAGCAACACACAGCUUGGAGCACAUGGCUUAGGUAAACAUGCUCUGUUCUUGACCUUUUUUCUUUUCCUCCCACCCUGUCAAGAGAGAACAGCUUUCCCAUGAGCCUGCACACAUACUUUCUUGGGUUUCUUCAAAGUGAGAUGAGAUUAACAGCUCCUUGGGAGGAGACAAGGAAAAAUACCAGCCGCUGGUCCUUGCCUUAAAUGACCCUCUGUUUCCAGGUUUCCUAAUUUCUUUGUGUAGAAAACAGCUGUGUCAGCCAGUUCCAUUUUCCUUUGAAGUUGUAGACAGAAAACCCCUUUCACCUUCCUUCAUCCUUCUAUUCUCUCAAUAAGUGUUUCUUAAGCAAAUGAGCAAAUGAAAUUUGUGAGCGCAUCCUUUGCUUUACAGUUCCACCUACCCAUGAAAACUGGAAUAAUGGUUCCCUUGGCUGAGAGCGCCUGAGUGGGGCAGCCACCUUCCAUGGUGGGCAGUGGCAAGGAAAACCUGUCACUCACACUCAAAAAGCUGUUUUCUUUCAGUGAAGUUGGAAGCCAUUCAUCUUGCAGUGCAGAGGGCUCAUGCCAUUUAAUGACACAGUGCAGUGACAUAUUUCUGAAUUAAUAACAGUCAAGAUUGGAGAGAAAAGGCAUAUUAUUCCUCCUCGGAAUUUCCAGCCCUCCGGUUGGGUUUGGGGAAGGGUUCAGUUUCUUAGGUUUCACUUGCUUUUUUUUGGAAAGCAGAGGUGUAGGGAAGGAAAAGGAAGUUUCUUUUAAGAUGUAAGUAAAGGGCUACUCCCCAAGCCAGGCUCCAGGCAGCAGGCUGGAUGCCAAGACCAAGCUAUAUGUUGUGAGGUGUUCUUUGUGGAGUUUUCUAGGGGAGACAAUGGGAGGAGGCACCAGCCAUCUUUCUUCCUACUGAGAACAGAAAAAUGUAGAGGAGCAGACAAGUGUUUAUUAGGUAAUUUUUUCAUGAAAAAGACUGUUUUUCACAAAUCCUUUCUGUAAACCUAAGCUGUGGGGAAAACAAACACUGAGCAGUUCCAAAGGAGCAACUCAAUUUUGUUGUGUUGAGCUGACUCCAAAGACCUACUCCUAAAGCAUCUCUGGGCUCAGUAAGUGAUCCAGCUGACAAUGACCCACUAAAUAACAAAGGCAAUUAUGUGGAACUGCAGAUGGCAAUGCUAUUUUCCCAUCUAAAGUCAGGGAUCCUGCUUUUUCAUCAUCUAACAGCUUGUUCAGCUAUGGUCAGCUGUACCAAUCAGGGAUAUAAAGCUGUGCUCUUUUGUUGUGUUUGUGUCAUAGAUAUGAAGUUUUCCUGUGAAAAGAUGGGAAUAAAAUAGAGAGCAAAGGGCUGUAUUUCCCACCAUGUCCAGGAACAGACUGUAGUAAAUUAUAUUAUUCACAUUAGUGUGAGACACCAACUGUUAAAUUCUCUGGCAAGGCCCUAGAAAAACUGUAGAUAUGUAAAGGAAAUGUUAGUCUAGUGUGAGUGAUAACCAUUGUUCUUGAAAGAUAUAUUGCCAAUAAAUAUCUACAGACACUAUGGGAUAUUCAAAGAACUUGGGAUUAUUCUUAGUACAAAAAGUGCCAUUUUCUAUUUCUUGCCAAUGUAUAUAUAUAUGUAGAUAAUCUAUUUUUUUAGUUUACAGUAUAUAUUUUUAAACAAAAUAAACAAAAUUAUGUUGUCCACUGGAAUCUCUUGAGAAUUUUAUUUUGGUUUUGUAAGACUAAGAAGAGCAGAGGAAGAGGUCAUGAGGUAGAAGAAAAUGGUUCAAUAAAUUCCGGGAAAUGAGCAAUGUCUUUACACACGUUUCUCUUCAUUUAUAAAUUCUCUAUGUUGAAAAUA